UUAUUAUUAUUAUUUUAUUUGUUAUUCAGUCAUAGUUGCUUGGGCACUUUAGAGAGAGAGAGAGAGAGAGAGUUCUUCAGAGUUUGUAAUGGAAUUUUGACAAAAAAAGAUGAAACCAAUUGUGCAUGUUGAUUGAUACAAAUUUUCUUCAUUUUAAAGGACUCUCCCUUCUAUAGGUAAAAAAAUUGACGGUGCCAUUUGUCUAGAAAAAUGAACCUGGAGCUGUUGAAUUUGUGACUCGAGGUUGAAAUCUUAGAAACAUUCAUAUAACCACAAGACACGGCUUUAUUCCUGGACAUACAAAUUUUAUGGAGUGCAACAAAGAUGAAGCAGUCAGGGCUAAGGAAAUUGCUGAGAAGAAGUUUAUGGGGAGGGAUUAUGCUGGGGCGAAGAAAUUUGCUUUAAAGGCUCAAAGCUUGUAUCCCGAGCUAGAGGGUUUAUCCCAAAUGUUGAUAGCAUUUGAUGUGUAUAUUUCUGCAGAGAACAGAAUAAGUAGUGGAGAAGUUGAUUGGUACAGCGUGCUUGGUGUGAACCCCUGGGCUGAUGAUGAGACAGUCAGGAAACAAUACCACAAGCUAGCUCUCAUACUUCAUCCUGAUAAAAACCAGUCUCUGGGUGCAGAUGGUGCAUUUAAGUUGGUUUCAGAGGCCUGGGGUUUGUUAUCUAAUAAGGAAAAGAGACUAGCAUACAAUCAGAAACUGAAUCCGUCAGGACAGCAGCAGAGAGUACCAACCCAGACUAAGGUUCCCUCUUCCCAGCAUAGUGCAAAUGGCUUUCAUAAUCAUAACAGUUCCGCAACUUCGCACACAAGGAAUCAGAACAAGAAUUUGCAGUCGAGGCCCACAUCAGCCCCUUCUCCUUCAUCUCGAAAACCUGAUACAUUUUGGACUAUCUGCCAUCGAUGUAUGAUGCAUUAUGAGUAUCUGAGGGUUUAUUUGAAUCAUAACCUGCGAUGCCCCAACUGUCAUCAGCCUUUUUUGGCUGUUGAGAAGGAUCCACCUUCAAACGUUACGAAGUCAUCCCAGAAUUCAAGACAUCAUGCUGCAAAUAGUAAUCCAUUUAAUUUCCCAAAAAAUGGUGGUCAAAGUUCACGAUCUGAGGGAUUUGGAGUAUGCAAUUCAACUACUGCCCCAAAUCUCCAAAGGAGUAAUUUUACUAGAAUGAAUGAUUCUGGAGGCAAAUUUGCAUCAACGCCAACUGCUGGUCAUGCUGAGAGUGUGGUUCAGAAGGCACAUGACCAAGUGAAGAGGGAGCAGGAUGCACAGGGAGCCACUGAACGGGAGAAGCGUUAUGUUUCUAAAAGGAUGGAUAAUUCUUCUCUUAGAGCGGACCAACUCUUUAAAAGGAGGAGGUAUGAUGAAGCUAGCGUGAAUAAUUAUGGAGCUGAUAUUUUGAAUCAAGCAGCCACCGGAAAUGGAGGAGCGGGAUUGGGAAAUUCAUCUGAACCAAGAAGGGGCUAUUCUGAAGCGCAAAGGGUUUAUGGUUUCUCAGAUAUUCGUACCAAGUCCAUUACCGAGAGAGAGUUGUCACUUCUCGAGGUUCGAAACAUGUUGAUGAAGAAGGGACUCUCGGAUGUGUGCAGAAAACUUAAAGAAUGGAGCUCAAAUCAAGUGAAACUGAAAGAGAGUAGAACACAGGAAAGCAUGGUGAACAAUGAUGCAAAUAAACAUAAGAAGAGUGGUCACUCUGCUGGCACUUCUUCCAAUGAAUCUACUAAACAGGCAACAGCACCUUUGUCUAUCAAUGUUCCGGAUUCUGAUUUUCAUAACUUUGACCUGGAUCGAACAGAAAGUUCCUUUGGGGAUGACCAGGUGUGGGCUGCCUAUGAUGAAAAUGAUGGGAUGCCUCGAUAUUAUGCUCGAAUUAUCUCAGUGAUCUCUUUGAAGCCAUUUAAAAUGAAGAUCAGUUGGCUUAACUCAAGAAGCAGCAGUGAAUUUGGCCCUUUAGACUGGGUGGGGGCUGGUUUCCUAAAAACCUGUGGCGAUUUUUGGACUGGCAAACAUGAAAUCAGCAAAACUCUAAAUGCUUUCUCACACAGGGUUACGUGGACAAAAGGCACACGUGGAGUUGUUCGCAUACUUCCAAGAAAGGAAGAUGUCUGGGCUCUAUAUAGAAACUGGUCUCCAGACUGGAAUGAUGAUACCCCAGAUGAAGUGGUACAAGAAUAUGAGAUGGUAGAAGUGCUCGACGACUAUGAUGAAGAGCAGGGUAUAUCUGUAGUUCCUCUUAUUAAAGUUGCUGGUUUCAAGGCAGUUUUUUGUAGACAUGUAGGUCCAAAUGAAGUUAGGAGGAUUCCAAAAGAAGAGAUGUUCCGCUUCUCUCAUCAGGUCCCUAAUCACGUGCUUACUGGCGAAGAAGCUCAUAAUGCCCCAGAGGGUUGUCGGGAAUUAGACCCAGCGGCUAUCCCCACGGAAUUUCUUCAGGUUAUUACAGAAGCCAGUGAGGCAGCAGUGGUUGCAACUGGUAGAAAGGCUAAGGACGAAAUGGCGUAGGAUUCUUCACAAAUUCACACAGAUCUCAUGGUGGAGGAUGCUUCAAAAGCUAAGAGAAGUGAGAUGAUGGAAACUGAAGAACCUUUCUGAGAUGAUACAUUAGGGUGGGUUCUUAGGCAGCCAAAGCAGCUAAUACUGUAGUUUAUCCUGCAACAGUUAAUAAGUUGCUAGUGGAAAAGCUCAACAUACACAAUAUAGGUAAGUUUUUCCUUUGUUUUAUAAGGCUGAUCAAAACUGCAGAUGCUUCUUGUUGCCAUAACUGGAGAUGUUCUGUUACUGGAUCAGAAAAUGAUCCCGAGUUUUUUUUUGGUUUUACUGUUAUGGCUGUAUAAUCUUCGGAUGUUUGAACUAUAAAGAAGCUCAUGCUUGACCAGAGUCAAGUUUUAGCAGCA